AUGCGGAACCGCAGCGGCCGGAAAGCCUUUGACAGCAUCUGUCCCAACAGGGUGGGCGAGCUGGGCAGCCGGCUCGGCAAGAAGCCAGCCAAACUCGAGAGGAAGGUGCGCCUGGGAGACGGUCCCGCGCCGCGGAAGAGCUUCGCCAGCGCCGCUCCGGCGCCAGUUCACAGUGACCAGCCUCCCGCCGCGGUAGAGCUCGCACUUGCUACUAUCGACUGGCAAGAUUUAGCAGACUGCACCUCGGUCUUUCAGCAGGAGACUUCUAGUGUUGCAGCUGCCCCGCAGAGCCACUGCUUGCAACCUGAACCCGAGUUCGACUUCCAGGAGUUCAGAGAUGCUGUCGAUAGUUUUAUAUGUGACCCAUCCUCCUUAAUGCCACCUCCACUGGACACGGCGGAUUUCACUUUUCCUCUCGGCGACGGAUCAGCCUUUAGCCCUUGUAUUCAACGGUUACAAAACAAUCCUCUUCCGCACAUGAACUUGCAAAACUCCGCGGAACAGUACUGGAAAGAUGUGGCAGACCAAAACCAGAAAGCGUUAGGGGAUGCACUGGUGGAAAAUAAUCAGCUGCACGUGACAUUAACCCAAAAGCAGGAAGAGAUCACUUCCCUGAAGGAACGAAACGUGCAGCUGAAGGAGCUAGCCAGCCAGGCGAAGCAGCUGGCCUGUGUGCUCGAUAAACUGAUGAUCCACCAGUCCAAGGAGGGGGCCGACGCUUUCCUUCCCAGGAGCUCAGCUAAGAGAAGCCUGGAGCAGCUGUACGCUGCCAGGCAGGAGGACUGCGCAGAAGUGGAUGAAAUCCUGCGGGAGAUCUCAGACACCUGUAACGCGGCGCUGCAGACUAUCGAUGAGCACAGAGAGGCGAAGCGCCCGCGGCUGCAGGCGGAGGCAGCACGAGCCCCGGGCAGCCCGGGCCAGGCUAUUCACAUGUACGGGGCCUUCAGCGGCCUGCAGACGUGCAGCAGCCGCAGCGCGGUGGACCUGAGUAACAGCGAGCUGGAGGAAGGUGUGUCUUUCAGGACCUCCAUCACAGAUCACGGCACGAUCCGGACACUAGCUUUCCCCCAGGGAAAUGCUUUCACCAUCAGGACAGCCACCGGGGGCUACAAGUUUAGAUGGGUUCCCAGCUGAGCCAGGAAACGAUCAGCUAACUACACUGGCCAAGGUCUCCCAUGAAAACUUCGCACUGCCUGCACUUGAACUUAGCACUGGUCCGCUGACCCUAGUCCCCCAAGGUGACUUCCACUUACAGGACGUUGUCUGUCGCAAAAACUGGAAGCACUUUUUUUUUUGUAAGGAAAAGAAGCAUUUACCACAAUACAGCUGUGGUGUGUUUUUUCUUUUGAAGCCAUUGCUGUGACCCUUUCAACUUUUGAGCAGGUUCAGAGAGAUACUCUAGAUACUUAAAAAGAAAAGGAGGAC